AUGAAAUAUUUCGCUGGAGCACAAAACACCUUCAAUUUAUUGCGAGCUCAAUUAGAUAACAAUAUUGUUGAUAUUCUCUCCGUACCACCGGAAAACGAUGCUAGGGAGCCAGUAGCCGUUAUUAAUGCUCGACGCUUGUAUAAAUCAUGUGUUGAUGAAGCAGGCAUUGAAGCUGAUGGUGUCGAGCCGAUUUUUUCAUUGGUCGAUACAGAGUUUGGUGGAUGGCCUAUUUUACAAGGUCCUUCAUGGGACAAUUCCACGUUUGAUCUAUUGACUCUGUUGCUAAAUCUUCGAAAAUACAAUAACAAUCUCUUUUAUCGUAUCGGUACAUCGACGGAUGAAAAAAAUUCUACUAACUACGACAUUGAAAUAGGUCAAGGUGAUCUUGGUUUAGGAGAAAGGCAAUACUACACUUCGGAAACUAAUAUUACCGAGGCCUAUCGACGAUUCAUGCGAGAUUUGACAACGGCUUUGGCUAAUAAUCCAUCUUGGAUCGAUAACGAUGUCGAUAAUAUAUUUGAAUUUGAAAAGAAGAUUUCCGAAUAUCAUUGGACCAGUGCUGAACAGCGAAUACGUGACAAUGAAACUGUUCGAACAACUGUGGCAGAUCUGGAACUCACACUCAAUACUACUUCAUUUAACUUUACUGAUUAUCUUCGUAAGGCUUAUCUAUUGGGCAAUGUUACUCUACUUGAUACCGAUAUCGUUUUUGUGCGUGAACUCGAAUAUUUGCUCAAUGUUUCUUCUAUUGUGAAUCAAACAUCCCCACGUACUCUACAAAAUUACAUGAUUUGGCGUUUCAUAAUGAAUCGAGUAAGCAAUAUGCCACAACAAUAUCGCAUUUUUCGAGAUCGUUUCGAACGAGUCGUUCGAGGAACAAGCGCCGAACCACCACGCACAAUUCUAUGUGGUCAAUAUGUUAAUGGUAACAUGGGUUUUGCGGUCUCGAAGCUCUACAUAAAACGUUAUUUUGAUUCCAAUGCUCGUAACCAGUCAUUUGACAUGAUCAACAAUAUUCAAGCUGCAUUCAUUGAUAUGCUCAAUCAAACUAAUUGGAUGGAUGUUGAAUCGAUGAACAAAGCAAUCGAGAAGGCCCUUGGAAAUCAGACACAAGGCGAAGAUAUUGCUGACAAUGGUGGGCUCCGAGAAGCAUUUUUCGCUUAUCAAAAAUGGGCUAAGGAAAAUCCAAAUCUCGAUAAACGACUACCAGGUCUUCAAAAAUAUACAGCAGAGCAAAUGUUCUUCAUCAACUAUGCACAUACCUGGUGUACAAAAAUGACCGAUGCCUAUGCAUUGUCUCGUCUUCUAACAGAUGAACAUUCCUUGGGACAAUUCAGAGUCAUCGGUCCAACAUCAAAUUUCAAUGAAUUUGAUCGUGCUUUUGCCUGUACACCUGGUCAAGGCAACAGUCGAAAAGACAAGUGUAUUGUAUGGUAA